GCUGACGCAAAUUUUUCGCCGCUUGCACGCAGUGUAGAUCCAGUCAGAGAUCGAAUAAGUCCUAUAUAACGCAGAGCGCUGCAGGUAGGAUAGAAUUAGUUAGAUAAGGAACAUCCGAUUGCCAGUACCACUUGGGUUUCACGCGAGAGUGGACGCUGCUCUGUUUAAGAUGAAGGUAUCAUUUUGGGCGAAAUCAGCACUGAUUUUUUCGUGUGGUGUGUUAUAUUCUUGUGCCCUAGAGGUUUCGAUUCCAAAUGGGAAGAUUAUUGGAUUUGAUACGUUGAGGACGAGGGAUGGAAGAGUGAUUCACAGCUUCACAGGGAUCCCUUUCGCUAAACCUCCGGUUGGACCUUUAAGGUUCAAGGAGCCGCAACCAGCAGAGCCAUGGAAAGAGCCACUUGAUGCCACAAAUAAUGCAACAAUGUGUGUACAAUUCGAAUUCGCCAAUCUAUUUGAUCCUAAUGAUCCAGGCCAGGAGGACUGCCUUGUCCUUCACGUGUACUCUCCGAAGGUGGACAAGUCAGCAAGACUCCCAGUAAUGGUCUGGAUUCACGGUGGUGCAUUUCAGAUGGGAGCUGGCUCCGUCUACGGGCCAGAGCUACUACUAGAUAAAGAUGUUAUAUUGGUCACCAUCAACUACAGACUGGGAACUCUUGGGUUCCUGAGCACUGGUGACGAAGUAAUCCCUGCCAAUCUUGGUUUGAAGGAUCAAGCUCUCGCGAUUAAAUGGGUCCACGAAAAUAUCGAGUACUUCGGCGGAAAUCCCGAUUUAGUAACCUUGUUUGGCGAGAGUGCCGGAGCUAUGAGUGCUCAUCUGAAUCUUUUGUCACCGCUAAAUAAAGGUCUGAUUCAUAGAGUCAUAUCAAUGAGCGGAUCUGGAUAUUGUCCAUCGGCAAUCAUACCUCCACAGUUGCUUAAGGACAGGACAAAAGCACUGGCUGUAUUGUGCAGCUGUCCACCUGAGCCCUCUCACGAACUCCGAAAAUGCAUGCAAAUGGUUCCAGUUGAAUUACUCGUACAGAUGGCCAAUAGGUUCCAAGACUGGGUUGUUGGCGAUCUUAAUUUUGCACCAACCAUCGAGUCCGAAACAAAAAAUGCUUUUCUUCCAAAAGAAUUAGAUAAAUUGGGGUCCAAAAUCCCUUUUAUGACAGGAAUUACCUCUGGCGAAGGAGGUUUCUUUGCUUCCAUCAUAAACAGGGUAGGACUCGGAAACGAACUGAAAGAAAAUCCCCAGAGGGUUUUACCGAGUGCUUUACUACUGAAGUCAAGGUUCCCGAGGGACAAACUUUCAAGCGUGGCCAAGCAAAUCCAGAAAUUUUACUUUGGCGAUAAGCCUGUGGACAUGAAUGCUUCAGCGGAAGAAGUCAUCAACAUGUUCACGGAUAGAUGGUUUCUACAUGGAGCCGUUGAAGCAGCCAAAAAGCACCAUGGAGAUGCGUAUCUUUAUUUGUACGAUCAUCUACACGCUGUUUCUUUCAAUGACAUUUUAGAUGGAGCAGGCAUAAUCAAAAGUGUAACACACGCAGAUGAUCUACUCGAUAUUUUCCCGCUUCAGCUAUACUUCCCGGAAAGAACAUGGACCGAAGCUGAUGCUAAAGUCUCCAGAAAAUUUAUCGAUAUUAUAACUGAUUUUGCCAAAAAUGGGAAACUCACUGAUAUCGACUCGAAGUUGCAGCCAGUAAGCAAAACGGCAAAGACGCAACAAUACCUACACAUCACGGCACAAGGGUUGGCGGUUAAAGAAAAUCUCUAUUCAAAAAGAUUGAACUUUUGGCUGUCGUUGUUGGAUGGUAAAUUAGAGGAAACUGAAUCAUCAAGGCAAAUACGGGAUGAAUUUUGAUCACAAAGACAAUUUACCGCGUGCAUGGUUCCUAUGUGUAUGAAAGAGUAGGAAUAGACUUAUCGAGGUAUCCGUCCUACCAAAAAUACUGAGUGCUCAUAAAUGUGUUUGGAGAUUUAAACGCAGGAGUAGAAAAGUAGAUAGGUGCAUAAAAACGCAACCUCAACGAUCGUUACCUGGUAGAAACACAAUUUGACAUGUUUCUUCUUCAACCCCCACCCGAGAACACUCCCCUCCCCCUACCCAUGUCAACCAUGUCAAAUCAAGAGCAUCGCUGUGGAUGUGGAAGCACGGGAUACUAGAAUGCCUUCAAUUCUUUGAUAGGCAACACGGACAUCCAUCGUGCACGAAUAGUUGUAUCAGGGCGUUGGGCACCGAAUACCUUACUAUACUCGAUGCAGUGACCAAGAUUAUCUAAACGACGACGCCUAUAUUCCAUGCUGUACCAUCUUUAAAACUUCACAACCUCUCUCAUUUGCUUCUGGCACCCGAAUACAUUCCUUUACAGGGUGCCUCAGAAAAAAAAAAAAAGUACUUUAUGGCUCGACUUUAUGGCUUGUUUGGUAUGGUCAUGUCAAUAAGAUGACGGAAGAGAGGCUGCCAAAAAAGAUGCUUGAUUGGGUUCCUCCUGGGAGGAGACGUAGGGGACGCCCAGUGAGAGGUUGGCGACAGGGGGUGUUAAAUGAGAUAAGAGAUUGUCAACUCCCUGAUGACCUGUGGGAAGACCGAGCUUUGUGGCGAUUAGGCGUCGCACAGCGCCAAAGAGCGCUAUAACAUAUAUAUAUAUAUAUAUAUAUAUAUAUAUAUAUACACACACACUUUAUGGCUCGACUCCUUUCAUUCAGGAAGACGAAUGUUAAAUCCUAUUCGUUGUUAUUAAAAAAAAUCAUAAGUUCAUUUUUAUUUUCUCUUUUUGGCGUCUCCUGGGUGACGAAUCUUGGAUAAAAAUGUAUAACUUUCAUGGUCUUUUCUCAUUUGCGUUGAAUAAAAAACUGAUUACCCAGUGCACUGGUUAAUAACUA